CCGAGAACCGGCAAUUGUAUUUCCCUGACACAACGAUCAUGGAGAUCACUAUAUCCGCUCUCCCCGGACCCCGCACUCACUAUAUCCGCUCUCUCCCCGGACCCCGCACUCACUAUAUCCGCUCUCCCCGGACCCCGCACUCACUAUAUCCGCUCUCCCCGGACCCCGCGUUCACUAUAUCCGCUCUCCCCGGACCCCGCGCUCACUAUAUCCGCUCUCCCCGGACCCCGCGUUCACCAUAUCCGCUCUCCCCGGACCCCGCGCUCACCAUAUCCGCUCUCCCCGGACCUCGCGUUCGCCAUAUCCGCUCUCCCCCGGACCCCGCGUUCGCCAUAUCCGCUCUCGUCCCGGACCCCGCGUUCGCCAUAUCCGCUCUCCCCCCGGACCCGCGUUCGCCAUAUAUCCGCUCUCCCCGGACCCCCUGUACCCCGCGUUCGCCAUAUCCGCUCUCCCCC